AUGGGAGACGCUGGUGCGCCCACUUCGAGUGACAACGUUCCGAACCUGCUGUACUGCGCUAUUUGUCGUUGGGAAGACCGUGUGGUCCUUGCUCGGUACGCUGCGCCCCGGGCAGGAGUCGCACUCGCUGAAACCGGUGCGAGCACCGCCGCCUUCGCGGAGACCCUAAGACGCAUUCUCCAGUCGAAAAAGAUAGCCGAGCACAAGCGCUUAACCAUUGAAGAAAAACAACUGGGAAUGAUCCACUACGACAACGACGGUACCUGCAUGUACGUGGUAUUCUGUCGCGCGUCGUACCCGCAGCGCCUUGCGUUCCAGUUCCUGAACGAGCUGCGGUCGGAGUUCUUGCGCACAGUCGGUAGUCGCCCUGAAGACGUCGCUUCUGCGACCGAGAAUAGCUUGACGAAGCUGUGUCGGCCGUUGAUGAGCGAGCUCUGUACCCUGUACGAUACGCCUUCGGGACUGGAUAAGAUGUCGCGGAUUCGCAUGCAGGUCGAGGAGGUCAAGGGCCACAUGCAGGACAACAUCCACCAAGUUAUGAAAAACACCGACGACUUGGAGCAGCUACAGACGCAGUCGGAGGGUCUGCGCGGGGAGGCAAGUGCUUUCCAUCGUUCAGCUGGCACCGUGGAACGCAAGUACUGGUGGAAGAACGCUCGGAUGAUCUGCGUUCUCGUCGUGCUCGUGAUACUCAUCAUUAUCGCCAUCAUCGUUCCGAUUAUUGUGACACGAAAUAACAACAGCAGCAGCUCCUCUGGUUGA